AUGGCGUGUGCGCCGCGACCUCGCGGCAGGCCGCGGACAGGAAAGACUUCCUUGUCUCCGCUCUCCACGGCGCCGCCUUCCGCGUAUGUACAGGGCUUCUACGGCUCCUCGUCCAGUGCGCGUUCACAGCAGACUUUGGUUGCCGCGAGAGCGUGUCGUCAGAAUGGAGGGGAGCCCAAUCCGUUUCAAGGCGCUGGCAGCGACACGAGCCCGAGAGAAGGCUGCCUCUCUGCUUCCUUGAGUGCCCACCUGACUCGGCGGAGGAGCCACGCGUCUGCCUCGCCCACUGAGUUCUCUUUCUCUCCUAUUUCGUCGGCUUCUCGUUCUUUUUCUGCCUCUUCGUUGGCUGGAAGUCCAUUUUCUUCGCAAGCCUCGGGGAGGCGCCCAUCUGUCUCGGCCGCCAGUGCGUCGUCUCUUCUCCUCUCCUGCUCGCCUGCUUCUUCUCUCCCUGCCGGCCGCCCUUUGUCUCGCGUUCUUCCGCUUUCUUCUCCGCGGUGCCCCCUUUCGCGCUCUCUUGCCUUGCGGCGGCGCGCCGCGGCCCCUGCCGCUUCGUCCUCCGCGUUGCUUUCUACUUCUCUCGCGUCUUCCUCCGUGGCUGCCUUUGCGCAUGCAGAGCUGUUCGCUGCCGCCUCAGCUCUGUUGCAGCGCCCCUCGCUUCCUCUGCCUCAUUCGUCGCGAGUCUCAGAACGCCUCUUCGCCUCUCAGCGCGGAGCUGCGCAGCCCUCAGGAGACGAAGCGGCUCAGCGGCCUGCGGACGCCUCUGCGGAGAGAGGAGACGAUUGCCUCGCAGAGAACGCCGCCCAGCGAGGCGAGGAGGCGCAGACUGAGGCAGCAGAGGGCGACAGGCCGGUAGGCGAGAGCCGAGACGCGACAGGAAAGGAGACGGUGGUAGAGAAAGAAGAUGGUCAGGCGGGAGUAAACGUUUCAGGAAACCGCCCGCGAGGUGCGGCGCUGCAGGAUUUCGUCGCACGAAAGGGGCAACGCGAUGAACUCCCACGCAAGGACUCGCGCGACGCCCUCUCAGCCUCACACGGAGGCGAGCCGCGAUCCUCGGCGGCGGAGCCCGGCGAAGAGGCUGCCGCGGGGCUGCGCGUCGAGUCGCAGACUGCGGAGACGCAGGGGGCUGCUGCUCCGUUGAAGGCCUCCGCUGAUUCCGCGCUCUCUUCUUCCGCGGAGGAGCUGACAGAGCUGGACGUUCGCGCCUUGCCUUCCGCGCUGUCGCCCUCGGCCGCGGAGAUUCAGGCGCGCCUGGAGGAGGCGGACGCAGAGGAGACGCCGAGCUCGUCGCCCGAGGCACUUCCGGGGGGCGUGUCGUCUCCGCGCGUGGGCCGCAAGCGGCGGGGCGGAGAGACAGAUGGAGCCCGACGCCGGGGGGAGGGCACCACCCCAGAGGGCGGGAGCGCGGCCUCGCUGGGGUUUUCAGCGAAAAACGCCCGAGGCGGGGGAGGCGACAGCGGCCGGGAGGGGAGCGAGGCGAUUCUGCUGAGCGACAGCGCGUCGUUCUCCAACGGCGUGUCGCCGCUCUCCGCGCUGCCGCCGCGAUUUCCUGUCCUCUCCGCGCUGCCGCUCUUCCGCCGGCCUGCGUUUCCCGGCUUCUACCAACUUCUGCACAUCCCAGACAAUGACGUUUUCGAGGCUCUCGUGCGACAGAAGAAGAGCGGCGUCCCCGGCGGAGACUACGUUGCUGGCUUCCUCACAGUCGAGGAGAAGGAGACGCAGCAGGAGGAAGAUGAAGAAAUCCCUGGCGCCAAGCUGCGCAAGGAUGCAGGUCGCGUGGCAGAUAUUUCGGAGCUGCAUGACACCGGCAGUCUUCUACACCUUCUCAACUUCGCGCCGCACAGCCACGUGAAGGGGGGGCAAGUCGUCGUCAUGCCUUAUCGCCGCGUUCGUCUGUUGGGCUCGGCAGACUCGCCCACAGUCCCUCAACCUGCCGAUUCGACGGCUGCCGCCCUUCUUCCAACGGCUGCCGCCGUUCUUCCUCUCUCUUCUUCCUCGCCUUCCGCGGAGCUCGAAGCAAGCGUGGCGCAGGAUGCGCUGACGGCCGAGUCGCUUGCGGAUGAGGAGUCUGGCGCGCCCGCCACCCCUGUCGCUUCCGCUGAGUCUCCGUCUCCGCUCGAGGCGCCAGAGGCCGCUGAAACCGCCGCUGCCGAGGUCAAAACCGCCGCCACUGAGGCUGAAACCGGCGUCGAUGCCAAGGCCGAAACCGCCGUCACUGCCAAGACCGAAUCUGCUGCUGGCGAGUCAGCGGCUGAGGAGGGCUCGAGGGGCGACGGAGGCGCAGAGGGAGACCUCACGACGGCGGCGGUCGCCUUGGCCUCGGGAGAGGCCGCGAGAGCGAGCGCUGAGAAACUUUUGCUGCCUGUGUCGCAGCCAACUGGCGCGCCGUUCUCGCUGCUGCGCGUCCGCAUCGCCUACUUGCCUGACGAAUCCGGGAAGCUCGAGGCCACGACCGACACACAGAGGGCACUCCACCUCGAAAUCGUCGUGACUAUGAAGGAGCUCCUCAAGCAGAGCUACUUUUACAAGGAACACUUUGAUCAAGUUGUUCGCUUUUACAACUUGGAUUCCCCUCGCAAGCUGGCGGAUCUCGUCGCAGGCAUGUCGUUUGCGAAGCGUCACGAGCUUCAAGCAGUCCUCGCGGAAGGAAACAUCGAGAAGCGGCUGCGGCUGGUGCUGGAGAUCGCCAAGAAGGACCUCGAGUUCUCCAAGCUGCAGGUGCAAGUGAAGACGCAGGUCGAGGAGAAAAUGAACAAACUGCAGCGGAGGUUCCUCCUCAACGAACAACUCAAAUUCCUCAAGAAAGAACUCGGCGAAGUGAAGGACGACAAGGAGUCCAUCCUAGACACAUUCCGGGAGCUUCUAGAGAAGAAGAAAGACGUCAUGUCGGAAGAGGCGCAGAAGGCUGUGACUUACGAACUGAGCAAGAUGAACAGCCUCGACCAAGCCUCCUCGGAGUUCAACAUCACGCGGACGUACACGGAUUGGCUUCUCAAUUUGCCGUGGGGCGAAUACACCGAAGACUGCAGCGACAUUUUCCACGCGGAGAAGAUCCUGAACGAGGAUCACUACGGCCUCUCGGACGUGAAGGACAGAAUCCUCGAGUUCAUCGCCAUCACCAUUUUGAAAAAGGACGUCCAGGGGAAAAUCAUUUGUUUAGUAGGGCCUCCGGGCGUCGGGAAGACAUCGGUCGGUCAGAGCAUUGCGCGAGCUCUGAAUCGCAAGUUUUACCGAAUCAGUCUUGGCGGCAUGUGCGACGUGGCGGAGCUUCGCGGGCACCGGCGGACGUACAUUGGCGCGCUGCCGGGCAAAGUCAUCCAGGCGCUGAAGGAGUGCCGGACAAUGAAUCCAGUUAUUCUUCUCGAUGAAAUUGACAAGCUGGGCCGGGACUUCCGCGGAGAUCCGUCGUCGGCACUGCUGGAAGUGCUCGACCCGAGCCAAAACAAAUCCUUCAGAGAUCACUACCUCGAUGUGCCGGUUGAUCUGUCAAAGAUCCUCUUCGUCUGCACCGCUAACACUCCCGACGUCAUCACAGGUCCCCUUCUAGAUCGCAUGGAGGUCAUUCGCAUCGCGGGCUACAUCUUCCAAGAGAAGCUCUCCAUCGCGCAGAACUACCUCCUCCCUCAGACGCAGCAGGCCACAGGGCUGACCGACGAGCAGAUCGACAUUGCGGCCGAAGUCUUGGAGAAGCUUGUCCGUGACUACGCGCGCGAGGCGGGCGUCCGGAGUUUGCUCAAGCUCAUCGAGAAAAUCUACAGAAAGGCUGCACUCACGCUCGUUAGGAAGGAGCAAGAGAAAGUCCGAGUGACGCUGGACUGCCUGAGCAAGUUUGUCGGGCAGCCUGCCUUCCAGUCCGACCGUCUCUACGGUGUCACGCCUCCAGGCGUGGUCAUGGGUCUCGCGUGGACGCAGAUGGGCGGUGCCACGCUGUACGUGGAGGCGAUUGGGCGGCGCCCGCGAGAGACGCCGCGGCGUUCGGAGCCUGACAAGCAGGCUAAGACGGGAGAAGAAGGCGCCGAGGAGGAAGACGAAACCAAGAAGGGCAGCCGCGCCAGCCGAAAGGCGCGCGCGGCGGCGGGAGGCGGCGAAGGGAGCUUUAAGGUCACCGGACAGCUGGGCGCCGUGAUGAGCGAGUCGAGUGAAAUUGCUCUGACCUUCUGCCGCAUGUUUGUACGGCUGGUAGAGCCGAACAACUCCUUCCUGGAGACAGCUUACAUCCAUCUCCACGUUCCCGAAGGCGCGACCCCCAAAGACGGCCCCAGCGCAGGCAUCACGAUGGCGACGGCGCUCGUCUCGCUCGCACUCGACAAGCCUGUGCUGCCCGACGUCGCGAUGACAGGCGAACUCACGCUGACAGGAAAAGUUUUGAAAAUCGGCGGCGUCAAGGAGAAGGUCAUUGCGGCGAGGAGGGAGAACGUCAAGACUCUUAUCUUCCCCAAGGCGAACGAGCGCGAGUUCGCCGAGCUCCCUGCGCAUAUCACGGAGGGACUGCAGGUUCACUUCGCAGCGACGUACGACGACGUGUACCAAGCGGCCUUCGGCACAGAGCCUCCGAGCAGACGAGAAGAAAAAAGCGGCAUGCGAGGCGGCGUUUAG